CACUGUACUCCUCCUCCUCCCAUCCACCAAACCUCCUCGAAAGGGUGUGCGUCUUGAAGGUUGUAUGAAGCUAAACACCACCACAGGGAACAGCAGUCGCCACUCGGCUCCACAACCCGGGACAAGCCAGAGGCGGCGCGGCGCACACAUCCCAAGUCUUCCCCCCCCUUUCCCUUCCUCAUCCUCCCUCUGAAGCUGAGCCCCCAUCGACCAAGGUCUUGUCCUCUUUUGGGGGUUAGAACUCGGGUGGAAAUACCGCACACACGGACAGUAAUGUGUAUAUAUAUAAGAAAAGUUGAAAUACAUAGGGCAACACAGCAAAAUGCAAUGUGGCAGCAGUAGUGUGGCUUCUCUUCAAGGUCAGUAUCCGAGCACCAUCGACGCCGCCUCACGGACGAGUUUCUCGGGCAGACGGAGAGGAGAAGAGACGUGGAGGGAGAUGCCGCUUUCUUCAGCAUCAACAAUGACAUCUUUCACCGACGAGGACAUUGAUAGUCACUGACACAGAAACGGACAAACUUGUUGUGAAACAACCCCAAAACUGGAUAGGUGUGCUUUUUUGUUUUGUUUUGUCUGGGCUUGUUGUUGUUGUUUUUUAAAGCAACUCUUACCAGCAUCUUGACAUUUCCUGCUUGUGUUGUUUUGUACGACCGGUUCACCUGUGCUGCUCCGAGCCGUUGAAGUCUGGUUAACGUCGAAUUCGAAUUCGGUUUAAACUGGCCGUAACCGUUGGAGUCAGUUAGAAUGUUCGACGGUUGAAGAGUCGGUUUGAAGUUUUAUCCAACUUCAGUGAACUUGUUUGGACUUUUUACUACUCUGUUUUAUUUUUAAAUCAACAAACAUGCCUUCCAGGGCAGGUUUUCACAACCCGGCUAAGAGUUUACCGGAGCGGGGACUUCUCCUGCUGAUGGUUCUGCUGUUUCUGGAGGUUUCCGUGCGACCUCUCGGAGUUGCCUGCUCUCAGGAUACGAACCACCACCACCAGGACCAACACUCGGGCAACGCCACAUUCGUGAAAAAGGCUUUCCCCGUGCUCUCCCUCGACUACAAUCACAUAAAGGCUCCAUUUGAAGUGUCAUUAUGGGUGCUGCUCGCCUCUUUAAUGAAAUUAGGGUUCCACCUGGUGCCUCGGCUGUCGGGCAUCGUUCCAGAGAGCUGCCUGUUGAUCACGGUGGGCCUGUUAGUUGGGGGUCUCAUCAAACUAGCUGGAGAAGAAGUCCCCCCGGUGCUGGACUCCAGAUUGUUCUUCCUCUGUCUCCUGCCACCCAUCAUCCUAGAUGCUGGCUACUUCCUGCCCAUCCGUCCCUUCAUGGAGAACCUGGGCACCAUCCUGAUGUUCGCUGUCGUGGGGACUUUGUGGAACGCCUUCUUCAUCGGGGGCCUGCUGUACGCUGUGUGUCAGAUCCAGCCAGCCAAUCCAUCCAUCCUCCACCAGCUCGAGCUCCUACCUUGCCUGCUGUUCGGCUCCAUCGUCUCAGCUGUGGAUCCCGUAGCAGUGCUAGCUGUGUUCGAGGAGAUCCACAUCAAUGAACUGCUGCACAUCCUGGUUUUUGGCGAAUCACUACUCAACGAUGCUGUCACUGUGGUGUUAUACCACCUGUUUGAGGAGUAUUCAGGUGUCGGCACGGUGACUGUGAUGGACGGCUUCCUGGGAAUCAUCUCCUUCCUGGUGGUUGCGUGUGGUGGCGUACUAGUCGGAGCCCUGUACGGGAUACUGGCAGCCUUCACCUCGCGCUUCACCUCGCACACCCGUGUCAUCGAGCCCCUUUUCGUCUUUGUGUACAGCUACAUGGCCUACCUGUCAGCUGAGAUGUUCCACCUCUCUGGAAUCAUGGCGUUAAUAGCAUGUGGAGCGGUGAUGCGACCGUACGUGGAAGCCAACAUAUCUCACAAGUCCCACACCACCAUCAAGUACUUCCUGAAAAUGUGGAGCAGCGUCAGCGAGACCCUGAUCUUCAUCUUUUUGGGCGUGGCGACGGUGGACGGAAAACACGCCUGGAACUGGACCUUCGUCACUGUCACCGUCGUGCUGUGUCUGGUGGCACGGGUCAUGGGUGUGGUUGGUCUGACCUUCGUGAUCAACAAGUUCCGUAUCGUCAAACUGACCACCAAGGACCAGUUCAUUGUGGCAUACGGUGGCCUGCGAGGUGCUAUCGCCUUCUCCCUUGGCUUCCUGUUGGACGAGAGGCAUUUCCCCAUGAGAGGGAUGUUCCUUACCGCUAUCAUCACUGUUAUCUUCUUCACCGUCUUUGUUCAGGGCAUGACAAUCAAACCCCUGGUGGAGCUGCUGGCAGUGAAGAAGAAACAGGAGGCGAAGCGCUCGAUUAAUGAGGAAAUCCACACCCAGUUCCUCGACCACCUCCUGACUGGUAUUGAGGACAUUUGUGGACAUUACGGACAUCACCACUGGAAGGACAAACUGAACCGCUUCAACAAGAAGUACGUGAAGAAGUGCCUGAUCGCAGGCGAGCGCUCCAAGGAGCCACAGCUCAUUGCCUUCUACCACAAAAUGGAGAUGAAACAGGCCAUUGAGCUGGUGGAGAGUGGAGGUGGAAUCAAGCUGCCUUCUGCUCUCCCUUCCACUGUCUCCAUGCAAAACAUCCAGCCCAAGAAGCCUCCUCCUCCAAAGCCCGUAGAGAGAGCUCUGCCCCAGCUGCCUAAAGGCCGAGAGGAGGAGAUCAGGAAGAUCCUCAGGAGUAACCUUCAGAGGACACGACAGAGGCUGCGCUCCUACAACAGACACACUCUGGUGGCUGAUCCAUACGAGGACGGCCUGGGUGACCUCCUAAUCAAGAAGCAAAAGAUGAUCGAGCUGGAGAAGAAGAUAAAAGACAUGAAUAACUACCUGACGGUGCCUGCUGCUGCCUCGGACUCCCCGACAAUGCGUAGAGCCAGACUGGCCUCAGGCAGCGAUACUGAUUUCAAACCUGCUCAACAGCAGAAAGGGAACACAAUAUGUCCAGACCCCCAAGCCUACAACAUGAAGCCGCAGUCAGACAGCGUGCCGACCAUCCAGGUAGACCUGGCGUCUCCUCAGUCUCCAGAUUCCGUCAAUUUGAUGGAUGAGUUCAGAAAGGCCAAGCAGCAGGAGGACGACGAACAGGGCCUGAUGAUGAAGCCUCCCUCAGGACCUAACAAGCCAGGUGAGGCGGGCGAACCCAGAGAACAGAAGCUGAUCAGGUGCCUCAGCGACCCCGGUCCCAGCGCGGACGAGGAGGAGGACGAACCCUUCCUGCCUUGAUUACGGCAGACCGGAUGUGGAGGAGUCAGACUUGCGCGCCCACCUUCACUGGUUAGAGAAGACAGGGCUGCUUUUAACUGCUCUGCUCUAAAUAAUCUCAUCGGUUCAGAAAACCAAAUAAGCCAAAACUGCUAAUGCUGUGCAAACCCGAAAGAGAAGAGGAAAAAAAAAAGAGCCAUUACUUUUCUUCUUGUCAUUGCUCUUUAUUUUUUUUAGACAGGAGUGGAACAGCAGUCGCUGCUAUUGGAGAGAAGGCGGUGUUUAUGGUUGACAGUCUGAGAUAUUCAGGAAAGAACUAUGCAUUACCAAAGGUUUGGACUGUUUUAGUGUCAGAUAAUGUCAUUUUUACUUUAGAUUUCCUUUCUUAAUGAUUGCAUAGUUGUGGGUUUCGUGUUUGUUCAUGAUUUUACAAACUUUUCUGUCUUUAAAGCUACAUUUUUUUGAGACAUGCUGGGCCUCUAGUCCUAAAAAGAAAUCAACAAAUCAAACUAUUUCACUCAGACUCUCUUCAGUUUACUGUGUUUCGAUUCAAUCCAAUGUCUCACUGAAACUGUUCUUUCAUUCUGUCACUUGAAGUUGCUGGAUAUUCAAACCUUAAGAGUGUAGCUAAUUUAAAAUAUUUGGCCUUAUUUUAUGUCAGAUCUAUUCACGUGGUGCAGUUUUAUCUUGUACAUGUUUUAAUUUCAGGGGUACUAGCAUCUGUUUGCAAUCAAGAGUUUCUACGAGUGUUUCGUGGGAUGUGGGUUAAAAGCUGGAUGUUUUAAGUCGCAGUCUAAAAGAACUACAGUUCCUUUAAGUCCUGCUUACAGGCUCUGCAGGGAGUCGUGUUAAGAAGUUUUGACCUACAAACGCAAAAAAAAAAAAAGGGAGCUUGUGAGACGGACCACGAUGCAGCACAGAUGUCUUGAUGUCAGUGAUUACACUUGAUUCCCCAUCCAAGUCUUCUGGCACGUUGUCAUGUCACGUAUCUGUGUAGACGUUUUAUGUUUUUACCUCAAUUUAAGAAGCCCCUUUAAAAACUCACUCAAGUCGGGGUCGAGUGGAUAUAUAAUAAUGUAUUGAACAAAGUGCCCAUCUAACAGUCACCUUCACACUACAACCAUGUGAGCUGAUUUUAUUAUAUCAGAAAAAAAUAAUAAAAAUCAAGGCUCACUAUCUUUGACAUGUUUGCAUAGUUGAAAAGAAGCGUUUGUGUCCAGCAUCACUGUGGAGCUGAUAUCAGGACGCAUCGAGGGACGGUUAGUCUGUACAGGAAUCCAUCCUCACCUCUGAACCUCCUUGAAAUCUAAAGACUGUGUAGGCAUGUCAUGGCAAAAAAAAAAAAAAAAAAA